CCACUAUAUAAGCAGCAAUGGCCUCCCCACUCUCUUCCACCAUUCCUCUUUGUCUUUGUAUUCCAACUCAUUCAUUCACCUAACCUCACUUUCAAGAUCCUUCAAUGGCUACCAAAGUCUACAUUGUUUACUACUCCACGUAUGGACAUGUUGAGAAGCUAGCACAAGAGAUAAAGAAAGGAGCCGCAUCAGUUGAAGGGGUAGAAGCCAAACUAUGGCAGGUACCAGAAACUCUUUCAGAAGAGGUUCUUGGAAAGAUGGGUGCACCAGCGAAAGGCGAUGCACCAAUUAUCACACCCAAUGACCUUGCUGAGGCUGAUGGCUUUUUGUUCGGGUUCCCAACAAGAUUUGGGAUGAUGGCAGCUCAAUUCAAGGCAUUUCUUGAUGCCACUGGAGGUCUCUGGAGAACUCAGCAGCUUGCCGGCAAGCCAGCAGGCCUUUUCUAUAGCACUGGCUCUCAAGGAGGUGGCCAAGAGACUACCGCGUUGACAGCAAUUACACAGCUUGUUCACCAUGGAAUGAUCUUUGUUCCAAUUGGUUACACAUUUGGAGGUGGCAUGUUCGAGAUGGAGAAUAUUAAAGGUGGAAGUCCUUAUGGUUCUGGAACUUAUGCUGGAGAUGGCUCUAGACAGCCAACAGAGCUUGAAAUGGAGCAAGCUUUCCACCAGGGAAAAUACAUUGCCACCAUCACAAAGAAGCUCAAAGGCUCUGCCUGAUUGUUUCACUACAAUUUUAGUAUUGCAUUUCUACUGUUCAUUUUUUCCCCCUAUGUCUAGUACACUCUUGUUUUGGUUUUAAGUUGCAUUCCUACUGAACUACACAAUAAGUGAUUAUUUCCUAUUGUAUCAGCAUAUUUAUAGGGUCAUUGGUUGGUGUCUGUCAUAGUUUACAGAGGUUGGUUUACAUGUUUUAUGAAUCAAUACUUAAUAUUUUUCCCCCUUUCA